CAUAACCAUAAAUCUCUUCCUCUUCACUCUAAGAUUUGGUGGAGACGAUGGUUUUAUGACAAUAAAAACAACUCUCGCUUUCUCUUCAAUUCCUCACCUCUUAACAAAACAUCGAUUCCCAAUCAUGUUAGGGAAGAAAUCACGUCCGAUAAUCGGGAAAUUGUCCGAAUUAUUGGUUUCCGGCAACAAGCCCAGAUUUUUCAACCCCGUAAUUCCUUUAGAUUUCAAGAGCUCAUCGCCCAAAAGUUCCAAGAGAUACGACAUCGGUGGGGUCGGAUUAGGGAUCGUCGCUGCACUCGAGAAGUCUACUUUUACCGAUUGUCGUAACCGUGCGAUUUGCAGCUCAAAUUUGAACCGAUCGAAUGCGGUCGUCGUUGAUUCCGGGAGGGGAUUUGAUAGACUCAAGGGAAGAACCGAUGAUUCGGAGGAGGAUUAUACGCAUGUGAUAAGCCGUCGGCCUGGGAAAUCAUCGACCCAGGUUUAUUACAACGGAGACGAUGAUGUUAAAGAAAACCCAGAAGCAAGAUUGGCUAAAGACGAUGUCGUUUACCCAACUUCAGAUUUUCUCGCCUCUUGUCAUCUUUGCCGGAAAAAGCUGCAUGGCAAAGAUAUAUACAUGUAUAGAGGGGAAACAGGGUUUUGCAGUGAAGAGUGUAGGUCGAGGGAAAUAAUGACGGAAGAGAGGAAAGAAUAUCGCAGAUCAAAAGCUUCAAGGUCUGCAAAAUUUUCAACGUCGCCAUAUAAUAGUAGAGGCCAAAUCUUUUCAACUGGGAUUCUCGCAAUUUAGCCUGAGCUUGUGAUUUACGUUUUUCUUAAUCGCAAUAUCGAGUUUUUAACGCAUAUACUGAUAAAAAAAUCGAAAUUGCAAAAGAUGAUCUCUGCAUAUAAUAAUAUCUAAAAAAGAAGCAUAAGUUGAGAACUCAAGAAGGAUGAAAAGGGAAUUUCGGUGGGAUUGUAAUGAAACAGGGUAAGAAGUGAACCUCAUUAUGUUGCCCUUUUUUCAUAGAGAAAGGUUUCAGUCCUCCAAACUUUGUUUCUCUACUCCCAAUACAUUAUCAGUGAGAAGUGAACCUCAUUAUGUUGUUUGAGUCCAUCAAACAUUGUUUCUCUACUCCCA